UUCUUCCGUUCUCAAUCAACCAUCGUCUUUUGGCUUGCAAUGUCCACUCCGAUUGUUACUGGAUUCUAUCGAUACACAGACUGCUGGUUCACGUGGCCCGACCUGGUGCCCCAAUACAAAGAGGCGGUCAAAAGCGUUCUGGCGCACGAUUCUCUCGUCGAUUCAGGACACCCUCUACAUCCAGGGGUAGAAGGAAUCACUCUGACCCGCGGGGUUCUAAAAGAAAACGGAGAAGCAAGACUUUUGUUCACUUCCAAGCAGAUCGACUAUCUGAGAUAUUGGCUUCAUGAAAUGGGCCUCACUGAAGAGAUGGUCCCACUGCCUCACUCCGAUGCGCUGAUCAUGAAGGAUGAACUCGAGUCCGCAGAGCCCGUCUUCUUCAAAACAGGCGGCGAUCUUCGUGGCGCCGUGAAACAAAUCGAUAAGGAGAACAAACGCUCAAAGAAUGCACCCAACUCGCUGGCAAGUCUUCGUGUUGCUUUUGAGCGAACCCGUACAGCUUGGAAUGCGAAACGAGGCACGUGGAUUGCAAUUGACGUGGAGGACUGGGAGCUGGCGCACAAGGUUCUACUCGAGUUUGGAUAUUCUUUGAUCUACUUCGACGGAGAUAAAGAGCACAGCGAAGACGCUCACUUUACGUUCAGUUCGACGUUAUCAUGCCACAAUGGCCAGUAUGUCGCUGACAACCGACGUAACUAUGUAUUUGGGGAGACAACUGUGCUGCCCAAACCUGCUGCAUUCAAGCCAAAACUCGCGGAGCUAAUCCUUUCCUCCCAGAAACGAGGACCGGUAUUCCUUGUUUUCCACAACCACAGUCAGGAUAUCAAAUCGCUGGAGCAGCUGGAGGCCCCAAUUCAAAGUCUUGUCUACACACUUCCACUUGAAGCCCCAUCAGAAGGCCUUUUUGUGGUUGACACUCAAAACCUAUUCUCUGCUCUCAUUGGUAGUAGUCAGGGGAAUGGGCUGGCACAAGUAUGCAACCACCUAAGAAUUGAAAAAGCAAACAGCACAACACUCCAUAAUGCUGGCAAUGAUGCCAAGUUUACACUUACUGCAUUGCGGGCCAUGGUUGGUGAUGAGCCGCUCGAUGCCUUGCGUGAAAAGUUGUGGCCAAAUCGCACACCUGCAGGGCUGGAAGUAAAAUUCCAGCCGUGGGAGGAGGAUGCCGACUACUCAGACCAAGAGGGAAUGUAA